AUGGCGGUGGCCGAGCGCCUGCACGAGCGGGUACUGUGCGCAGCCGCGCUGCACGGCGCGCGAGCGGCCGUGCGCUACGACGGGCGCGGGGCCGGGCAGGGCGCGUGCGCGGUGCUGACCUACGGUCAGGUGACCGGCCUGGCCGCCGCCCUCGCCGAGGCGCUGCUCACUCACUGCCACUUCGACCUACAGCACGUGGUCGGCUUGUACUGCCGACCCGCCCUGCUGCUGCCCUGCUGGACCCUCGGAAUCCUUCAAGUUGAAGCUGCCUUUUGCCCUAUUGAUCCAGAAAGUUUGCCUCAUUUAUCAUCAUAUUUUAUGCGAAGUUGCAAGUUGAAGUAUGUCCUUGUCCAGAAAGAUAUGAUGGUGAAAUUCAAGGAUUCAUUGUCAACCUGGCUGGAGUUUAAUAUUGAAUGUAAUAUACCAGAGCUAGACAUAGACCUUGUGAAGAUUUGGUGGAAACUGACUAAUGUGAAUUCCCUAGCUUCAGAUGUUGUGGACACAAAAAGUAUUACUUACAAUAAAAGAGUUGAUUUGACAGAAGACAGUCUAGGAAGCACUGAGCAACUUAAAAUCAAUUCACGUGAAUAUGCAGAUUGUUGGACACAAGGUUUCAUGGCGUACAUUUUGCACACCUCAGGCACAACAGGAACUCCAAAAGUUGUUCGAGUGCCUCAUCAGUGUAUUGUGCCUAACAUAGAGCAUCUCAGGUCUAUCUUUGAAAUAUCACCAGAUGAUCUAAUUUUUAUGGCAUCACCUUUGACUUUUGACCCGUCUAUCGUUGAAAUGUUUGUUGCGCUAUCCAGUGGAGCUACCCUGCUGAUUGUUCCACCAGUCAUUAAAAUGAUGCCGGAAAGACUGGCCAAGGUUCUUUUUAACCAUCACAAAGUUACUGUUAUACAGGCCACCCCAACGUUAAUGAAACGUUUUGGAUCAGAACUCUUGUCAACAGUAGUGCUUUCAGCCAAUACUUCGCUACGUGUGUUAGCGCUGGGUGGAGAGUCCUUUCCCUCACUACCUGUAAUGAAAAGCUGGCGAGGAGAAGGCAACAAAACCCACAUCUACAAUCUGUAUGGGAUUACAGAAGUGUCGAGCUGGGCAUCAUACUACAAGGUUCCUGAAGAAGUCUUGGGUAGCGACACUAGACUUGAAGAGCCUGUACCACUGGGGUUCCCUCUUCUGGGAACUGUGUUGGAGGUCAGGAAUGACUCUGGUCAGGUGAUCCAGGAAGGAGUGGGGCAAGUAUUUAUAGGUGGUAGAGAGCGUGUGUGCCUUCUUCACGAUGAAACAACUGUGUGUCAAGGAACAAUGAGAGCCAGUGGGGACUGGGUAACUCUGAAAGAUGGAUAUAUGUAUUAUUUAGGUCGGAAAGAUGAUCAGAUUAAGCGCCAUGGGAAACGUGUGAACCUUGGAAGUGUGCAGCAGGCAGCUGAACGUUUGAAGCAGGUGGAAGCUUGUGCAGUGACCAGUUGUGAGCAAGAUAAGAUGGUUCUCUUUAUCGUACCCAGGCACAUGUCUGAGCAGAGUAAAGAAAGUGCUGCAAAUUUCCACACAGAGAUCCUCCUUGCUCUAGGAAAGAUUUUGCCCUCCUAUGCGAUCCCAGAUGGCGUUGUCCACAUCGAUUCGCUACCAUUUACAGCUCACGGCAAAGUAAAUAUAACUGCACUGAUAGAAAUUUACCAUGAAGAGAAAGAAGGGAGAAAGUCAAGUUGUGUGCUAUGGAGAAAAGAAGACCUUUGGGAAGGCAUUUGUCACCUUUGGAAGACUGUGCUCAAUCUUCCAGAAAACCGGCCAGUUCUUUCUGAUUCUUCCAUGUUCUUGUACAGUGGGGGAGACUCCUUAAAAGCUCUAAAGUUUGCAGAAGAAAUAGAGACACUCAUCGGACAGUCAGUAUCUGGGCUUCUCGAAGUCAUUCUGAACAACUCCAUUCAGGACAUUUAUAAUCAUAUUACGAACAUAAUUUUUUCUGAUAAAACUAAGGACUCAGAGGAGUUUGUGGAUGAAAAAAGUAGAAUGAAAAGAAAAGUAUGGAACAGUGAGACGGAAGGAUCCCAUUCAAAAGUAUUAAAACAGCAGAGAACUGCAGCAUCAACAUUUGGUCAAAACAGUAUUAGUAAUAUCACAGCUAUAAGUAGAGGGAGCCAGAUCUUAAAACAAAAUCUGGAAGUAAGUUGUGAAUAUUAUACGAACAUUCCUAAUAAUAUACAAGAGGACGUAAGUCUGACAGAACAGUCUUCGGAUGGCAAGUUGCCGGAUUUUAAAUCAAAUCGAGAAAGAAACAGAACUGAAUCUACUUCCUUCUCUGAAAGAACAAGUGAGUUCAUGAUUGUGAAGAGUUCAUUAAUUGAGGAGAACACUCUUGUUACUCAAGAAUCUUUGGAAAAAGGUGUCAAACAGCCAUCACAUAGUUCCGGAAGAUUCUUCCCAGGAGAAAGUCCUGUUAAUUGCAGAACGGUCUCAUUGCAGAUGAGGUGGAAGUCCGACACCGGAAAAUGUGUGGAUGCAUCUCCUUUACUGGUAAUAUCUGGCAGUAGUGGCUCAGAUGCAACUGUCUACAUUGGGUCUCACUCACACAGAAUGCAGGCGAUUGAGGUGUUUUCUGGGAGACUUAAAUGGGAGACACUUCUUGGAGACAGGAUUGAGUCAUCUGCAUGUAUAUCAAGAUGUGGAAACUUUAUAGUUGUAGGUUGUUAUGAUGGUUCUGUUUAUGUGCUAAGAAGCGAUGAUGGGAAAACGUACUGGAUGUUUUGCACUGGGAAUUCAGUGAAAAGCUCUCCUAUUGUGGAUCCUGACCAUGGAUUGAUUUAUGUCGGAUCACAUGACGAGCACAUUUAUGCUUUGGAUAUAUUUAGAAAAGAAUGUGUCUGGAAAUUGCACUGUGGAGGAGGAGCUGUGUUCUCAUCUGCUUGUUUAAAUAAGUCACCACGACUGCUCUAUGUAGCGACUCUUGGGAAUUCAUUACUUGCUAUCAAUCCAGAUACUGGGAAUAUAAUGUGGAAGCAUUCCUGUGGAAAACCCUUGUUCUCCUCACCACAAUGUACGGCCAUGUCUGUGUUUAUUGGUUGUGUAGAUGGGAAUCUGUACUGCUUUAACCAUCAGGGACACCAGAUUUGGCAGUUCUUGACCGAUGGCCCAAUCUUUUCUUCACCGUGCAUCUCAAGUUUCUCUGAAUCAGAUCAGAUGGUAAUAUGUGGAUCUCAUGACUCUUUUGUGUACUGCCUGAAUGAAGAUGGGGACCUUGUGUGGAAGUUUAAAGCCAGCAAACAAGUGUACUCAAUCCCAUUUGUUUAUAGCGACUAUGGUCUGAAUACUGAAAAACUGGUUGCUGUAACGUCAACAGAUGGAAAGAUAUGGAUCCUGGGGGCGGCAACAGGAAAAUUGGUUGCAGCAUAUUCACUUCCAGGUGACGUGUAUUCCUCACCAGUCUUAUGGAGAAAGACACUUAUUGUUGGUUGUAGAAACAACUAUGUCUAUUGUUUAGAGAUAUCCACAACAGAAGAAAAUUCAUAGUACUAUAUUGGGUGAAGCUGAGCAGUUUGUGGAAUGGUGCUUCCUGCUUACCUAAUUCCGGAGAGUAUUAGGCACAGGCUGCCCAGGGUGUGUGAUGGCGUACUGCUGAAGUUUAACCAGCAAAAAAAAACAUAACUUGCCAUCAAAAGCACUGUCUGGUAAAGUUUUCCACUGCUUGCCCAGGUAGGACCAUCCCACCUGAUAGUGCUUUGGCUUUCAGGUUAACAGGAGUUCAGUGGGAAUAAUCCCUGCCCCACUGACUGAUCUGCCUUUCCAAGCCCUACAGAUGAGUCAGGUUGGGUUGGCAUGACAUGAUCAGAAGGCAUGGUGUUUACUUAACGACAAUUUAUGUCGACAGCCAAGGUUCAGCUAACAAAAUGUUGCUCUGUUCUCAUUUCCUAUUGCAGAUGAUAUAAGGUUGAUAUAUUUAGUGGAUGUAACCUUUACUGUAUUGUAGUCUGCAAUAAGUCUGGUAAACAUCUCGAGCAACAAAUAACACUUGAAGCAAAACAUCAGUGUAAUUGCAUAUUGAAUAAAAUUUACACCUCUUUGAAAAUUAUGAAGGAGAAAUUCAUCUCUUUGAUUUAUUGCAGCUAUAUUAUGUCAAAACUGCCUUCUAAGACAUCUGAGCUAUUUAUUUGCGAAUAAGAAUUGAUUGUUUUUUGUACUCAUUCCUGUGGAUUGCUUGCAGCAACAAUUUAAUAUGUUCUUCUAGGUCACAGAUGGUUUGCAAGGCAUAUAAAUCAUACUGAAUUAUAGUUAUGGCGAAAUGUUUAAAGCUCUGAGUGAUUACUGUACUAUUCCGUUUAAUAAAAUUUUAAUUUUUAAAAA